AUGGUCACUGAAGUAGACUCGUCUCACCCAAACGGUAGUGAUAUUGCUAGCCUCUCUCCCCUUAUUCAGCUUCAAUUUGUGUCGACUACUGUUCUUCAACAGGCCCUUGAUCUUGUGGAGAAUAUUCUGACUUCCGACGACCAGCUUACUGCUCAAUCCAAAUUCCUUCCAGGGUCAACUAUUGGAAAACAUUUGCGGCAUGCGCGAGAUCAUUUUACUCUCCUCAUCGAAUGUGUAUCAGGGCCCGCCCCACAUAUCUUUUCAUAUGACACCCGCAUCCGUAAUACACCAAUGGAGAACAAUCUCUCAGAAGCUCGAGAGGCCCUCAAGCAAGUUAUCUCGCGCGUUGAAGAAGUAGUACCCACGGCGAAUCUCGACCUCCCACUAACAUUGAACGCCGUGACGCCUUUCAUGCAAACCUUUGAGACAACAUUUGGCCGAGAGCUCUGGUUUGCAGGAUUACAUGCAGUUCAUCAUUGGUCCAUGGUUCGGGUCAUAGCAGGAGAGUUGGACAUCAAACUUAACGAUGAUUUCGGUUUUGCCCCAUCCACUCUUGUCUACAAAGGUAGUGAAGCACUGCUGGGAAAGGCAAAAAUCUGA